AUGCGUGUAGGAGAGAACGUAGGGUAUUUCAUUGUAGUGAAACGUGAUCAGCUGUCGGUCACAAUUCUACGACAUUCUAACUGACUUUUUGUCACUUAGAGCCACUCAGUGCAACGAUUAAUUAAUGUACAUACUGCGAAUCACUAUUUUAUCUUAGAAUUAAACUAUUUAAGCAACUCUUUACACCAUGCAAGAUCCAAAUGAAGAUACACAAUGGAAUGAUAUCCUUAGGAGUAAAGGAAUUAUACCUGAGAAAGAAAAGGAAGUUACAGAAGAUGAAAUACUGAACAUUGCGGAGAAUACUGUAAAUGAGAAAACUGGGCGUGCACCAACUGAUUUGGAAAACAAGACAUUAGAUGAAUUAGAUGAACUAGAGGACGAAGAAGAUGAGAAGGUUCUCUUGGAGUACCGACAUAAGAGAAUAGCCGAAUUAAAGGAAUUAGCUAAUAAAUCUAAAUAUGGUGAAGUAAAAGAGAUAUCAGGAAAAGACUAUGUUCAGGAAGUAAAUAAUGCAGGAGAAGAUAUUUGGGUUGUUCUUCAUUUGUAUAAACAUGGUGUACCUCUCUGCACACUUAUUAAUCAACAUUUAGCUUCCUUGGCAAGAAAGUUUCCUACAACAAAGUUCUUAAAAAGCAUUUCUGUUACUUGUAUUCCCAAUUGGCCAGACAGUAAUCUUCCUACGAUUUUUAUCUAUCAUAAUGGAAAUAUGGUGCAACAAAUUAUUGGACCCAUAGAAUUAAGAGGCAUGAAAUUAACUGAACCAGAAUUGGAAUGGAUGUUAGGACAAGAAGGAGCCGUACCAACUAAACUCACAGAAGAUCCACGAACAAAAGUUAAAGAUGUAUUAUUCUCUGCGUUAAGGCCUGGCAGUGACAACCAAAAUGACAAUGAUGAUUGGUAAUUGUAUAUUUCCUAGAAACUAUAUACACUAAACGAGCAUACGAAUAUUACAAAGCACAAAGCAUUUUAUUUAUUU